CCCGCCCGCCGGUGACGUCACGCGGCCGUUACGACGCUCAGGCGUCUCGACGCGCGCGAUUUAAAACCAGCUCAGGAGACGCCAAAGCGGGAUGGGACCUCCCGGCCCAGAGACCAGAGGACACCCCCACAGUGCCUCCUCCCCUUCAGAGCGGGUGUUCCCGAUGCCCCUGCCCAGGAAGGCGCCUCUCAAUGUUCCUGGCACCCCAGUCCUCGAAGACUUUCCUCAGAAUGACGAUGAGAAGGAGCGGCUGCAGCGGAGGCGGUCGAGGGUCUUUGAUCUGCAGUUCAGCACCGACUCACCUCGCUUGUUGGCCUCCCCCUCCAGCAGGAUUAUUGAUGUUUCAGCUACUAUGCCUAAGUUUACAAACACGCAGAUUACAGAACAUUACUCCACCUGUAUCAAACUGUCCACUGAAAAUAAAAUCACUACCAAGAAUGCUUUUGGUUUGCACUUGAUUGAUUUUAUGUCAGAGAUUCUUAAACAGAAAGACACCGAACCAACCAACUUUAAAGUGGCUGCAGGUACUCUGGAUGCCAGCACUAAGAUCUAUGCCGUACGCGUGGAUGCCGUCCAUGCCGAUGUAUACAGAGUCCUUGGGGGGCUGGGCAAAGAUGCACCGUCUUUGGAAGAAGUGGAAGGCCAUGUUGCAGAUGGAAGUGCGACUGAAAUGGGAACAACCAAAAAGGCCCCAAAGCCAAAGAAGAAGCUGUUACACAGAACCAUCGAGCAGAAUGUAAACAACCUCAAUGUCUCCGAAGCAGAUCGGAAGUGUGAGAUUGAUCCCAUGUUUCAGAAGACGGCAGCCUCGUUUGAUGAGUGCAGCACAGCGGGGGUGUUUCUGUCCACUCUCCACUGCCAGGACUACAGAAGUGAGCUGCUGUUUCCCUCUGAUGUCCAGACGCUGUCCACGGGAGAACCUCUCGAGUUGCCAGAGUUAGGUUGGGUAGAAAUGACAGAUUUAAAAGCGCCCUUGCAGCAGUGUGCGGAAGAUCGCCAGAUCUGCCCUUCCCUGGCCGGGUUCCAGUUUACUCAGUGGGACAGUGAAACACAUAAUGAGUCUGUGUCGGCCCUGGUAGACAAGUUUAAGAAGAAUGACCAGGUGUUUGACAUCAACGCUGAAGUUGAGAGUGACUGCGGAGACGUCCCUGAUGGGUCCCUGGGGGAUGACUUUGAUGCCAACGAUGAACCCGACCACACUGCAGUUGGGGAUCAUGAAGAGUUCAGGAGCUGGAAGGAGCCCUGCCAGGUUCAGAGCUGCCAGGAAGAAAUGAUUUCCCUCGGGGAUGGAGACGUCAGGACCAUGUGCCCCCUUCUGUCUAUGAAACCUGGAGAAUAUUCUUAUUUCAGUCCUCGGACCAUGUCAAUGUGGGCUGGCCCGGAUCACUGGCGCUUUAGGCCUCGACGCAAACAAGAUGCUCCCUCCCAAUCAGAAAACAGAAAGAAGAGUACAAAGAAAGUUUUUGAAAUUGACUUUGAAGAUGAUAUUGACUUUGAUGUAUAUUUUAGAAAAACAAAGGCCGCCACUAUUCUGACCAAGUCCACUUUGGAGAACCAGAAUUGGAGAGCUACCACCCUUCCUACAGAUUUCCACUACGAUGUCGACACUCUGGUCCAGCUUCACCUCAAACCAGGCACCAGGUUAGUUAAGAUGGCCCAGGGCCAAAGGGCAGAGACUGAGCAUUAUGAAGAAAUUGAAGACUAUGAUUACAACAACCCUAACGACACCUCCAACUUCUGCCCUGGAUUACAGGCUGCUGACAGUGAUAAUGAAGAUUCUGAUGACUUAUUCGUGGGACCAGUUGGGAACUCUGACCUCUCACCUUCUCCUUGCCAUCCACCUAAGACGGCCCAACAGAAUGGAGACACUCCGGAAGCCCAAGGAUUAGACAUCACAACAUAUGGGGAGUCAAACCUGGUAGCUGAGCCUCAGAAGGUAAAUAAAAUUGAAAUUCACUAUGCCAAGACUGCCAAAAAGAUGGACAUGAAGAAGCUGAAGCAGAGCAUGUGGAGUCUGCUGACAGCGCUCUCCGGAAAGGAGGCAGAUGCAGAGAGCACCCUAGGACACCUUUGCAGUGUCUCCUUUACCAGGGUGAUGCUGACCAUUGACAUCCAUGUUCACCACAAUGUCAUUAGAGCAGGACUGAGACACUGGCAAAGCCACAGGGAAGCUGGAAAAGAAGGGGCCCUGGCAGAAGUGGCUGACAAGAAGAUGCUUAGCGGGCUCACGAAGGACCUGCAGAGGAGCCUGCCCCCUGUCAUGGCUCAGAACCUCUCCAUACCUCUGGCUUUUGCCUGUCUCCUACAUUUAGCCAAUGAAAAGAAUCUAAAGCUGGAAGGAACAGAGGACCUUUCUGACGUUCUUGUGAGGCAAGGAGAUUGAGUUCGCUGUGGAGAAGUCUGGAGGCCCGUCACUUACUCAGCUGCCGGGACAUCCCCAGUCUGGGUGGAAGAAGAUGCCAUGGGCUUCUACCCAGGCUGUAGCCAACUACCAGCGUGCCUGUUUAUUUGUAGCUCUUUCCUUCUCUCCGUCACGGUCUGGGAGCCAGCGCCCUGAAACUCUGUGCUUGACUGAUGAAACCUUACUGCCCUAUGGUGACCAUCUAGGAGAGGGGAGGGCAGAGCGGGUGAGGGUACUGCUCUGGAUUGAGAAAACCUAUAUCCAUUCUUCGUAUCAGUGUAUAGUUCUAGUCUCCUAAGUUGAUCUGUUAUUUUCCAAACUCUACUCUUGUAGAAAAUUUUCCAGUGGGCACUGAAUGUUGCCCUUGAAGAACUUCAUAAUCCAUGUACAUGAAAUACACCAUAUGUACACUUAUAAAUGUAUAUAGAAUGCUCAAAAAUAAAAUUCUUAGUAAUAUAACUGGCAAAA